UGAAAAUUAUCUAUCUCCUCCACUCCAUGUAAAACCAGAAAAACAAAAACAAAAACAAAAAAGGAUCCAUCCAAUUCCCCAGUGGCCUGAGAAAUCUCUCACCUAGCCUGAAGGAUUUUUUUCAGAAGCCAUGGCCUCAACCACCACCCCACUUUCCAUCUCCUCCUCAUCCACCCUCAUUGAUGGCAAGGCUCCUCGCCAAUCUGCCGCCGCAUCGUCCCAAUGCGUUACUCUCCCUACACUCCCUCCUCCUCCUGUGCCAUCUCAGAACCGGCCUGGGAAAGGCACCACUUACUGUCGUAAGAUCGCUCGCAAUGUCAUCGCCAUGGCCACUGGGGAAGCUCCUGCAGAGGUUGGUACAACUGAGGUGCCAGAGAUUAUCAAAACAGUUCAAGAGGCUUGGGACAAAGUUGAAGAUAAGUAUGCAGUGAGCUCCCUUGCAGCAGCUGGUUUUGUUGGAUUGUGGGUCUCUUCAGGGAUGGUCUCGGCCAUUGAUAGGCUUCCUUUGGUUCCUGGUGUGCUUGAGAUUGUAGGCAUUGGCUACUCUGGGUGGUUUGCAUACAAGAACCUGAUUUUCAAACCAGACAGGGAUGCUUUGAUACAAAAAAUCAAGGACACAUACAAGGAAAUAAUAGGGAGCAGCUAAAGGAAGUUGAAAGAAGAAAUGCUGCUGAGAUGAGGCAAAGUUUUGAUUUCUGAAGCAAAUAUCCUGCAGCAUUAGUGCAUGAAAAUGUGACCAUGCUUCUUUUUGUUCUCGUAAGGUUCUAACCCAUGUAAGGUGCUUUUCUUGAAGAUACUUGUAACUAUUAUAUAUAUGCAUUAUUUCCCUGUCUGUAGCACUAUUUAAUGCCAUAAUGAUAUUUCUUUGGUUAAUUGAAAGUUCUUGAUCA